GAGAAUCGUCUCAGAGAAAGUGAACCUUAACAGGACAGACUGAGCUCAGAGCUGCUGUGACUGCUGACACUUCAACAGUGCCUCUCAGCACGAGUCUCUCCACUGCUCCUCCUCAGACGAUCAGAACACAUCAGCUGAAGAGAACCCACUCUCACUUCACACUCACACACCAUGGAAAUUGCUAAGGCCACUCAGUGUCUCACCACUGCAGCAGAUAUGCGAGAGACCACCAAGAUGCUGAUGCAACCUAAUGCAAACUGGGAAGAGUACCUGACUCCUGCCCCCCUCUCCAUCGCCAUCAUGGGGGAGCUCGUCUUCAUCUCCUCAUCUGAUGACUUCUCCAUCAACAAGAACCCCCCAAAAAAUGGCUACAAGUACAUACAAUACCCACACUCGUUCCGGGCCUGCCUCAUGCAAGUCUGUAACUCAGGCUGGCAUGCAUUCAAUGAGGCCCACAAGAAUAUGGAUCAGAUCCGCAUUCACACAGCCACAGUUCCUGAUUACAUGAAGGCAGUAGUCAAGGUCCUUUUCAAUGCACCUGAUGAAGUUAUUGACAAGCUCCUACCAAAUCAGCUGGAAAACAUUCGCACCAUUGCAGAUGAGUGUGUGAUACUGGCAGACAGUGUUGAAAAGAAGUACACCAAUGUCAUCAACUUAAUCCAGGAACUGUUGGAGGCCUGUGUCAAUGCUGAACACUUUUAUGGAGAAGAGCUGGAGAAGGUGAAGAUGAAGAUUAAGGAAAAUGAAAUACGGGAGAAGACCGCCAGUGAGCUUAAAGAACGGUCCAAGAAAGCAAUGGAGGCCAUGGAAAAGGAAAUAAAUGAAGCACAAGAUAGCUACAAGAAAGCAAUGGACUCUCUUCCCUCCGGAUGGGAAAUGAUUGGAAUGGAUAUGGUUGAAGGACUUUCAAAGGCAGUGACAGGACUUCUUAAUGGAGUCGUUAACCUGGUAAGUGCUCCAAUAAAAACAGCCUGCGGUUCAGCAGAAAUAGCCUCAGACACAUACCAUCACAUCAAAUCGAAAAAUGAAAACGAAGAUGUGCUCUCAGUCUGCUGUAAAUCUCCAGAGAUUCUUUCCAUUGUGGAAAGUCUUACACAAUAUUUGAAGGAAGGAAAAAUAGCUUGGCAGCACCUAUAUGAUCAGAAAGCACAAUCCACAAAGUCAGACUGGUCUAAAGAUCAAUUCAAAAGAAUCUCUGAGUCCUUGAUGAAGAUGAAAGGGAGCAAACUUCAGAAGCGUGCUCUGGAACUUUGUGAAAUGGGUAUUAAGAUCUGUGAAGAACUGGCCACAUAUAAACCUGGUGAAAAUUGGGUUGACAAGAAAGAAGCAAAGCUCGUAGAGAAACUGAACAAACUGGAUGAACAAUCCCGCAUCUUUGAUACCAAAUGCAAAAAAAAAUUGGGCUCUCCAGCUUUUGCUCCUACAUCACCAAUGAUGAGCAAAGCACAGAGCAGCACAGGAGAUCAGUCUGCCAGUCAGAGAGCAGCAGAUAACGCUCGUUUCAAAAUUGAGCAGAGCCGAGAACAACUCAAGGUAACACGGGAGGCCUAUGAGAAGAUUGCGGAGAAAAUGGAGCAGAAUCAGAAGGAGCUGACUGAGAUCUUGGUUGAAAUGCAGAGCUGUAAGCUCAAGGAGAUUGACUUUGAAACCACCAUCAAGAUGCUGGUCAAGGGUCUCGAUGCCAUGGGCAGAGUCAAAGAGCAGUGGGAGAAGAUGGUGCGCUUCUUCCAGAUGAUCUCUAACAUCGUCAAAUGCAGCCUCAGCAAGACACUGAAUUCUUUUGUCUCAACAGCUGAUGAUACAAAGAAACUCAGUUACAACAAUAAACUAUUUGUCAAAGACAUGCUGUACAACCAGGCGUUCCAAGCCUCCAACGUUGCCAGUCUGGUCCACAUGAUCUCAGGGACCUACACUGAAGUGUCCAACAAGUACCUGAUGGACAGAGUGAGCAGCCUGGGCAAGCUCAUGGCCAUGGAUAAGGAGAAGCCAGAAUUCCUUCAAGAGCGUUUGAAGCUGCAACAGUCCUGCACAGCAGCUCAGGAGGGCAUCCUUAUGCUGGUCCUCAAGAACAAGAGGGAGUUUGAGAGGAAGACAGAUGACAGGAUGGCAAAAAUAGAGAAUGGUCUGAAAGCAAUUCUGCCAGCUGCCUCACCCCAGGAGACUGAGAGAAUCAAACAAAUAGUUCAAGCUGGGUUUGGUGAAGAAGAAGAGAAUUACUACUAGAACAAAAUUUCUACCAGUUAUGAAAUUGUCACCUAAUUCUGCUCGUCACCUAUUUUUUUCAUUACUUUUAUUGAUCAAUCAUCCUUACAGAUUUUGAUUCCUUUAACAUUACUGAUGAUUUUAAUAUUCACAUUGACAAUCCUACAGACAUCUCUUCUAAAGAGUGUAGUGUAAGAACGAGCUGUAACUGCAAAGAGUGAAGUAAUAAAUCAAUAGAUAUACACUGGCAUAAGGUGAUUAUGUUUGAAAUGCCUGUUGAAGUUAAUAUACUCACUUACACAUUGUUUCGUGUAUUCAGGUAUUGUACUCACACACACAUCAUAUACUGCAUGGAAGUACAUGGAAACUAACGUGGAAAGUACCUAGAGUUCUCAGUGUUUUUGAGUUCAGUGUAUACUCAGUAAUAAUGUGUACUCAAUGUUUUUAAGUUCAAUGUGUACUCAGUGUUGAUGUGUACUCAAUGUUUUUAAAAAA